AAAAGCUGACGUGAGGAAAAAUCAAUCAGGAAAAUUUCGUCGAUGUGUCAACAAGUCUGUGCAAUAUUGUAACGAAAAAUAAGUAUUUUUCUCUCUAAAACUUGUUUCAACAACUCGUCAACAUGGAACAAAGCGUCGACGAUUUGCUUUCGUUCAAAGAGUUUCCUUUGAUCCAGGAUGGGAAUUCCACUAGUGCUCAGUUGAAUAUCGAUUCCCCGAAAAAGACGGGGAAUCCCUCCAGAGAUUUUUCCCCCAAUGAAGAAGCACCUACUCCAAAAAGCGCAUCGUUUCUCACUUUCGAGUAUUAUCAGAAAUUCUUCAACGUGGAUACGAUGACCGUGGUGGACCGGAUAGCCACCUCGAUCAUUCCAAAGCGGGCACCGUCCGACUAUUUGAAGCUGAACAUCGGCACCAAUCCGGACCUUUAUGGUCCUGUUUGGAUUGUCAUCACAUUGAUUUUCACAAUUGCCAUUUCCGGUAAUAUGGCAAGUUAUCUCCAGAAAACCGGAGACCACGUGUGGCGGUAUAACUUUCAUUUGGUUUCGGUGGCCGCCACAGUGAUUAUUCUGUACACUGUUCUCGUUCCAUUUACCCUGUGGGCGCUGAUCAAGUGGAGCACACGUUUGACCGACAUCGACAUUGAGGAAGAUGAGCCUUCCCCAAGUCCAAGUUUACUGUCACUGAUUUGCGUCUACGGUUAUUCUAUGGCAAUCUACAUUCCGGUUUCAAUCUUGUGGACUAUUCAAGUCUCGCUCUUCCAAUGGUUGCUGGUGGCCACCGGAGCAUUCCUGUCCGGAUUCGCGCUGAUCUGGAUUCUAAUGCCAGCGGUUCGAUCGUCUCGUUUUGCCAUAUUUAUAACGCCCUCGUUGGCGCUACUUCAUCUGGUGCUGGCGGCUGGCUUUAUGCUGAAAUUUUUCCACCACGCUGAUAACGAUCCUUUACCGGUGGAAAAAGAAGAGCCGGUGAAGCAAGCAAUUGCGGCCGUCGUUAAUGCCGUGCACAAAAACGUAACAAUGAAAUCGUAAACGAACUGAUAGCGGGAGGAAAUAAAGCUAGAUACAAUUGGAAACAA